CAAGUUGAACCAACCUCAAAUGAAUCAGUCUUCCCUCAGCCGUUUCCACGCCGUAAUUUACUUUUAAUUUCCAUCACAUUUCAGCUGCGCCUAAUUUCUAUAUAUAACUACUACUCUUCUCUCUCUACAUUUAACAUCUUCACUUUCAUAAUUCACAUCUCUCUCUCUCUGAUCUCAAUAAUCUCUUUGCAAAAGAUGAGGAGGAGAAAUUGUAACUUGGAACUCUCCCUUUUUCCUAUCUACAAUUCUACCAAUCACUCCACGGUAGAUGAAGAAGAAGAAGAAGAUAGUGAAGAGAGUAGUAGAAUGCAAAAUCAGCAACAGGCGCCAUUGACAAUUUUCUAUGAUGGCAAGAUGUGUGUUACUGAUGUUACAGAGUUUCAGGUCAAAUCCAUCUUAAUGCUAGCAAAUAAAAAGGAACAAGAAAAAGUGAAGACACCAACAGGGUCAGUGCCAACAACACCAACAAUUGUAGAAUCUCCUCAUCAAUUGUAUAGCCCUGGUCCUGGUCUUUCAAUGAAGAGAUCUUUGCAACGUUUUCUACAAAAGAGAAAGAAUCGGAUCCAAGAAGCUUCUCCAUAUAAUCACUAGCAAAAUCAAAUUAAUUUGUACUUUUUUUACUAUAGUAUAGCCUGUUUUGUAUUUAGAAUCAGUUAUUUUCUUCUCAUUUUUUUAUUUAAAUAUUGAAGGUAAGUCACAAGUAAUUUAAAUAUUUUAACUAGAUUCAAAUACCGACAUUUUGUAAUAUAUAGAUCCUUCAAAGAUCAUCAAUUAAACUUUGUUGAUUACUACAGUCACUUAUUCAAAAAAGUUACUCUUCCCAAUUCUAAUCCUAAUCCUGACAUAUUUGUUAGUAUA